UCAGUCCUAUCGUAGAGACAGUGGUGUGAAUUGUCGUGCGGGCUCGUUGCAAUAUAUCUGGACUAAAUUUGCUUAAACUGAAUAUAGAUUUCCGUCUGAUCAGAGUAACAGGACAUCACGCAGGCCGUCAGCGGGACACCUGGGACUGGACUGGAACUUUUCAGCGAGUCUUCUCCCUCUGUUGUGCAUAUUGGGGUUUGCAAGCGUGUGUGCGCUCCUUCAUGUUCCAAGACCAAUCAUUUGACUGGGAUCUGUAAGUGUGUGUACGUGUAUGCUUGUGAAGACUGGCUAGAAGAGGGGUUGUAGGCAACGCACCCCUCCAUUAGCGCGGCAUAUAUUUCCCCAAACAAUUUAGCGUAUUCAGGAGGUUACACAAAUCCGAAGCCGGCGAAAUUACCGUAAUCAAUUGCGACGAGCGGGCAUGCAUCCAUCCGUGCCUCUGAUUGAAUGGAGAUCGUCUCUAUCAGGCUGAUGCGCAAGUAACGAAGAGAGGGGCCACUAAAUUGCUGCUGAAUUUAGGGGCGAGAAGUCCAUGAUCACUGGCCAAGUGAGCACAGACACUGAUGAUAAAACGCUUGGGACAUGAAGCAAGUGCCGCUCCGACAUUAGAUCCCUGACCCAAGUGCCCAAAUAGCUGUGGUUUUACACACGGGACACAGUAACUAGUAUUAUCAAGAUUUUUUUUGUUGUUGGCCUUUAAAAAAGACCAGAAGAAGAAAAAGAGAAAGGAGAGAUACUCCGAUAAGGACAGACGAACAUGGACGUCCGCUACAGCCAGGAGCCGGAAGUGGGGAUGGUGCUGAAGAACGGACUGAAGGAAAGCAAGGAGGUGAAAGACUCCCAGGGGAGCCUUUCCAAAACACUCCUGAAGGAACCGCAGGACUCCUUCUCCUCAUCCGGAGCCAUGGAAAACUGUGAAAAGGGUCGCACGAGCACGGGAGAUCCAGACUACUGCCGGCGGAUUCUAGUUCGAGAUGCCAAAGGUUCGAUCAGAGAGAUCAUUCUACCCAAAGGUCUGGAUCUGGACCGGCCCAAGAGAACCAGAACCUCGUUCACAGCUGAGCAGCUCUACAGGCUUGAAAUGGAGUUCCAGCGGUGCCAGUACGUCGUGGGCCGAGAGAGAACUGAACUCGCACGGCAGCUCAACCUGUCGGAGACACAGGUGAAGGUGUGGUUCCAGAACCGGCGUACGAAGCAGAAGAAGGACCAGGGGAAGGACGCGGAGCUGCGCUCGGCUGCGCACUCGGAGACGGCGGCCACGUGCAGCGUGCUGCGCCUGCUGGAACAGGGCCGCUUGCUGACGCCGCCGGGGAUGCCCGGUCUGCUGCCACACUGCGCCAGCUCCUCGCUGGGCAUCGCUGCUAACGGAGGAUCUUCCUCUAGCAGCGGAAGCAGCUCAGCUACAGCGUCCAGAAGCCCUCCGCUGCCCGCCAUGUCAGGCUCCAGCACGCUAACCAGCGCCCACCACGGGCUCUUCAGCUUCCCUGUGCCCACGCUGCUGGGAGCCGUGGCGUCGCGGAUCUCCUCUGCGCCGCUGGGCAUGGCCGGCUCGCUGGCCGGAAACCUGCAGGAACUCUCAGCCCGCUACCUGAGCUCCUCGGCCUUCGAGCCGUACUCGCGGACCAACGGCAAAGAGGACAAAAAAGUUUUGGAAUAAUGUCCAUUUUCUUUAAUUCCUCGACUUUUUUUUUUGUUUAUGUUCCGUUCGUUCGUUUUUGUUUGUUUUUUGUUUCUUUGUUUGUUUUUCACUCUGUGUUCUUUGUGUCAUCCGUGCCGUGGUUGUCAGUUCUCAUGUCUGUUCUUCGUGGUGUCAGAACGCACACGUGAGGCCUCUCGGGACUGUGACAAAGCUGAAUUCGGACUCGCUCGCCUUUCAGGACAGGAGGAGUUUCCAAGCUUCUUGCACUACUUUACAGUUUCAACGCCAGGUCGGGAAUUUUUAAACGUGAAGAAGAAGCGUAGCGAGAAACAAAUAAGAAAAGAAAAGAAAGUUGAAAAGAAAGAAAGAAAUCCUCACCAGCACAACUUUACUUUUAUUUUUAUUCUUCCAUUCAUCUGAUUUUCAAUAAUCAGUUCAAUAGCCAGAUAUGUUUUAACGAUGAUAAAAAAAAAAUAAAAAAAAAAAGCUGAGGACUAACAAUGAAAGAAACAGCAACGUAAUGUACGAAUCACAACACAACACAACAUGUUAUGUUGACAUGUGACAUGUUAUCCAGCUUGGAUUGAGUUGCAGAUUAUCUUUCAUUUUUUCCAGAUUUUAAUUUUUUCCCAAAAAAACCCCCACAAAACAAAAAAGGAGGUCAGUAUCGAUUAUUUUGCCUGACACCAGCAAGUCUAAACAUCCUGUGAAGAUAUUUUACGCAUCAACAAGUAACGAGCAACAAGUUUGAAUCUGAAUCCAUUGAGUUUGGACUUUUUUUUUCCUAACGCAUCCUAUCGGUUUUUUUUUUUGUUUUGUUUUUACGAGUCGCUAAAAACUCGUCUGUCUCUCCAAGCCGAGUUUUUGCGAGGGCUUUGUGUUUCCUUCCUGUGCAGUUUCCCGGAGGCCACCUCGCUGUGUUUCAAUGUCUUCAGUGAAUAUGCAGUCUUGCUCUUCUUGCGUGUGUGUGAUGUUACUGUAGUCCUGAGUUCAAUGUUUUUUUGCCUUCGUGUCUUUUCCAAGUUCACUUCCCUUACGGUCGGCCUUGAUGAGGACGGAUUUUCAGAUUUUUCCGGACGAAUAAUAAUUAAAAAAAAAAAAACAAGGCACACUCUUUUUUUUUGCCAGUGAAAUGAAACAUCUAAUCUAUACAGAACGUUUUUCUCAUCCCCCCCUCCCCCCGACUUUGGAAAAUCCGACACCGCUUCUAAUCAUGAGAAACAGAGCUGGAGAGACCUUACGUGCAUCCUCGUCACGACGAAGACGCAGGAACAGAGAGAGAGAGAGAGAGAGAGAGAGAAAGGUCAGGACCGAGCAGGAGGCCGCUAUGUGGAGGCAGGAGUGAGGGCGAGGCGAGAUUAUUGUAGUAUAAAAGCAAGAAAAAUGAGAAUUGUACCUAAAUCAAAUUGUUAUUUUAUUGUAAAUUAUUUCAUGUCUGUAAUAAAUAGAUUAGUCUAUUUGCAAAAAAAAUGCAAGAGUGAAUGUAGGGGACGGUCAAAAGCUCCCCGGUGCUGUUGUUCUUGAACAUGUUGACCUUUUGUGACCUGUGGUACGAG